AUGGACAACCCAGGACAGCCACCAAUCCAGCUCAGCCACCCCUACACCUGUCUGUCAUGUGGACUCGCAUUCACCACUGCCCAAACUCAGCGAGCUCACUACACAACCGACCUGCAUCGAUACAACUCAAAACGAUCAGUCGCAGGCCUCAGUCCGGUCGACCUGAAGACCUUCAACCAGAAGUUCAACAACGAUCCUCAGGACGGACAACAACCGACCAGCCUCCAAUCCAGCCCCCAAGUCUAUCAGUGUCAGCCCUGCGGGAAGUCAUUUAAUACUCUGGCCGCCCAAAACAACCAUCUGGUCAGCAAGAAGCACCAUCAGACCGUCAAUCAACAACCCAAAGAAAACAAACACCAACAAACUAAAAUCGGACAUCUAGCCGAGAACUCCUCAAAUCCGAUAGCCCAAUUGGACAGCCUCGACCUAUCCGAGAAGAUCGAAAUAGAUGCAAGCCCAUCUGAACAGAAGAAGGCCGACUUGGAGCGGCUGAUCGAGCUGCGGAUUGCCCAGGCGCCGCGGAUCGAGCCAAACGAAUGUCUUUUCUGCCCCCGCUCGAGCUCGGUCCGCUUCGCCGACCCAGACCAGGCCCUCACCCACAUGCUCCGCACCCACGGCUUCUUCCUACCCGACCAGGAAUACCUCGUCGAUAGGCCCGGCCUCCUUGCCUAUCUCGCAGAAACGAUAGCUGUCUGGAACGUCUGUCUCUACUGCGGCACUGGGUUCGGUGGUAAGAUCACCGCCGACCAUGCCCCUCAAGAUCACGCCUCAUUGACCCGCAAAGGACUCGAAAGCGUCCGCAAACACAUGUGUGAUAAAAAUCAUUGCAAGCUGGCUUGGGAUACCGAAGAGCAAAGGCUAGAGUACUCUGACUUCUUUGAUUAUCGAGCGUCGUACAAGAAGCUGAAGCCGAUCAAGAACAAGGCCAAGGCGAACAGGAUCUCGAGUAUGGUUGAGGAGGACGAAUGGGAAGAUAUGACGAGCGAGUCGUCGGAUGUAGCGGACAACGAAGACGACGAUUCGCUCCCGGAGGAGCGGCAGGCCGUCCUAGGCGACUCGGCCUUCGAGCUAGUCCUCCCGAACGGGGUCCGGCUAGGUCAUCGGUCGUUGCGGUACAUCUACAAGCAGAACCUCCUACCGUACGCGGUGGGCUCGCAGUCGACUCAGGCGGGGAACCGGAACAUCAAUCUGAUCACCCGGCUCGCCGUGCUUUCCUCCCCUGCCGGCACGCCGUCGGCGCUCACGGACCACACAGAGGCCUCCUCGGUCCUCGUACCCAGACUUGCCGGUCGACCUAACUCGAAACAGGCCUCGCUCGCUAGUCAGGCCCUCAUCCCUAGCCGCGGCGCUGGCCUCAACUUCAACUCCAGGGCAUCAAAGAACAACCCCCAGGAUCUGGUCAUCAAGGCACGUAAUGCCGGUGAAGCUAAGAUGGCAGGCCACCACAUUCGGACCUUCAAGGAUGUUCACAAGCGUCAACUCUUCCAAACCAGAGUUGGCUGCACUAGCGGGAACAACCAGAAACAUUAUCGAGAUCCAUUGUUGCAAUGA